GUGCCGGCGGAGGCCGCGCGCCGUGGUGCCCGAGCGGCGUUCGGUACCCGCGCGGGAGGCGGUGGGAGCCGGGCCCGGGACCGCGGGGCACGGGCCGGCACGGGGGAGGCUCGGCGCGGCCAUGGAGAUCGGCACCGAGAUCAGCCGCAAGAUCCGGGGUGCUAUAAAAGGAAAGUUACAGGAGCUGGGGGCUUAUGUUGAUGAAGAGCUCCCUGAUUAUAUUAUGGUUAUGGUGGCCAAUAAGAAGAGUCAAGAGCAGAUGACAGAAGACCUUUCCCUUUUCCUUGGUAACAAUACUGUCAGGUUUACUGUCUGGCUCCAUGGUGUUUUGGAUAAGCUGCGAUCUGUGACUACUGAACCAACCAGUGUAAAAUCUUCAGAAUCUAAUAUCUUUGAGAGCAGCCUGCCGUCCAGCAAAAGCAGUUCAUGUGUGAGUGAUGAGAGGAGGCGGGAGGAUAUCUUGCCACCUCUUGCAGUGUCAAGCACUCGGACUGAAAGGAAUGACUCCAGAGUUUCAACCAGCUCACAGGAGCAGAGGAACACUGCUUCCAGGCAGUCUUGUGAAGAUGGUUCUGCAUCCCGCUUAACAUCUACGGUCAAGCCUUUGAGGGAAUUGUCACCUUCUGAAGCUGUAAUUGACAUUAAACCUGAACCAGAUGAUCUAAUUGAUGAAGACCUAAACUUCGUGCAGGAAAAUCCUUUGUCACGGAAGAAACCUAUUGUGACUGUAACUUACGGUUCCUCUCGUCCCUCAGCCGAGAUCUACCGGCCACCGGCUGUCAGGAGUGCAGAUGGCAACGUUCACGUGCCCAGAUUGUCACAGCAGGGCAGCUUGCAGGGGAGCCGCCAGUUAGACACACAAGGCUGCAGGUCUUUGGAAACAGGCCAGCUGUGCAAUCCAGAAGCAUUUGGCAGCUUAGCAGAAGGUCACAGACCCACCUCCAAACUCUGUGCUGAUAAAGUGGGCAGUGAGGAGGAAAGCUCCAGGAAGAGACGGCUGCCUGUUGUAAGCUCAGUAGUCAAAGUGAAAAGGUUCUGUAAUGAUGGAGAAGAUGAAGAGGAAGAGGAAGACUAUGGAUUGCGAACAGGAAGCAUCUCCAGCAGUGUGUCUGUACCUGCAAAGCCAGAAAGAAGACCUUCGUUGCCGCCUUCAAAACAGGCCAACAAGAACUUAAUACUGAAAGCAAUCUCUGAAGCACAGGAAUCAGUUACAAAAACAACUAAUUAUUCCACUGUUCCACAGAAACAGACUGUUCCAGUUGCACCAAGAACUCGAAUUAGCCCAGAAGAAUCACAGUUAGAAGUAAUUCACGUGCAAAGCAGACUGCCUGUUCUGAGUUCUCAGCUUCAAGUAGAAGAGUCAAAGGAGCAGACAGUCGAAGAAAUUCAAGGAAUUGAACAAAAGGAGCUCUCUUGUCGGCUUCAGAUUGAUCCUAUCAUUGAAGAUGCCUUGCAAGUGUCUCAGGAUUACUGUGACCCAGAGUCUCUGGUCCACUCAGAUACUCGGUCGUUUAUCCUGAAGAAGCCCAGGUUAUCAGAGGAGAUGGUGCCACAGAAUCAGCAAUUGGGAAAGAAGGGUACAGAGGCAGUGCGAGUUCACGCAGGACGUCUGAUACAGACACGAGACCAGCUUACACAGCCAGAGAAACCUGCUAGUCCCAAGUUUAUUGUGACACUGGAUGGCGUGCCCAGUCCACCAGGAUACCUCUCUGAUCAGGAGGAGGAAGAUAUGUGUCUAAUGGAAGGAUUAAAGCCAAUUACCCAGCACAUGUGUGCUGGCAAAGGAUUGAGAGGUCUUCGAGCACAGCAGAUGCAAAUUGUAACCAGGCAGCUGGAGAACUGUGAUGUGGAAAUGGAAGACUUAAGUCUGCUACAAAAGCAGGAGAAGGUGCUGGAGCGCUGCAAAUACUGGCCUGCCUGUAAAAAUGGAGAUGAAUGCAUGUACCAUCACCCCACGCUGCCUUGCAAAGUUUUUCCUAACUGCAAAUUUGCUGAUAAAUGUCUGUUCAUCCAUCCAAACUGUAAAUAUGAUGCAAAGUGCACUAAGCCAGACUGUCCUUACACUCACGCCAGUCGACGAAUCCCCCAUCCAUCUCCUAAACCAGCAACCCUGCCCACACUGUCCAUACCCUCCAGUAGUCCGCUGUGCAAGUUUUUUCCAGCUUGUAAGAAAAUGGAAUGUCCAUUCUACCACCCAAAAGUAAGAUAUAUCUCUUAUCUUCCUUCCUUUCUAGAAAGAGACUUAAAACAUGCUACUUUGGGACAGGAAAUGUUACUAGGAUGUAACACUUUUUUCUUUUACUGUUCACAUUUUAACUUUGCCUUAUAAGGAGAAUACACAAAAGUAGUGACUUAAGGAAUUUGGAAAAUUAUACUUUUAAGUUAUCUUUCUACCAAAUGCUGCUGGGGAGCUUCAAACAGGACAUAUCUCUUCAAAAUAUACCCAGCUGGGAUGCUGGGGGCAGAGAGGAGCCUUUUGGGAAGGAAUAUGUCUCAAGACUCUUGACUCUUCCUUCAGAUAUGCUGCAACAUACAAAAACUUUAAAGAUUGCCCAGUUACCCUAAAAUUUAUUAAUAUAAUCUUUAUUCUACAGGAGUCUGUUACUUGGGUACUUCUAUAGAAUUGUGUCCCUGCAUCUAAUGCCAGGAAGUGUAGUGAUUUUUCCAGCCCUAAUAAUGCCAAAAUACCCAUGCUCAGAUACUAUUAGCCAGAUACUCUGGCUUUUCUCCCCCCUCAGGUAAUGCUGUGUCAUGUUCCCAACUUGUACACAGAGAUCAAUUCAAGCUGAGCUCUGUAAACUCUUGCAAGCAAAGGAAUUUCCACCAGUCAGUGCAGUGGCAGUUUUGGAGCAUGAAAUUCAUAGUUAGUACUUCUUAAAAAGGAUUUUUUGUCACUGGGUUGAGCUGGUUGCACUGGUGGAGGUGGGUGUUGGCUCAGUUGCAGGUGAGAUGUGUCACACAGCAAUACCAGGGUCACAGUGCAGCUCAGCAUGUUCAGGAGUUCAGGCAGCCAGCACUGAGCAGCCUCUUCUGA